AUGGAUUUUUACAUCGACAGUUUCGAGUAUCCUUAUAUGGUUCCUGUUCCUGCUAGUUCUCCUAGUGAUUGGAGUUCGGUGUCGAGUUGCGAUAAUUAUCUUGACGAGAAUAAAUUUCUGUUUAACGCCGAUUUAGAAAGACAAAAACGUACAGUUACUCCUUCGAUUUUAAAAAAACGUAGAUUGGCUGCGAAUGCUAGAGAAAGAAGAAGAAUGCAAAAUUUGAAUCAGGCGUUCGAUAGAUUGAGGACGUUUCUUCCGCAAUUGGGACAAGACAGACAGCUCUCUAAAUAUGAAACGUUGCAGAUGGCUCAAACUUAUAUCACGGCGCUUUAUGAACUUUUGAAAAAAGAAAAGGAAAACUUUGAUUAG